AUGUUUAGAAAACAAGACUUCAAGAAGAUUGAUUUACUAGGAUCUGGAAAAAAGAAUACUAAGAUAUACAAGGCAGAGCACAUUCCAACUGGUAAAUUCUAUGCGAUUAAAGAGGUUGAGGCAAAGACCCUUGAUAAGCUAAAUGAAUACAAAGAAGAAGCUGUAUAAUUAUUUAAGGUUUAAAACCAUCCAAAUGUUCUUCAAUUCUUUGGCUAUUACUUCUACGAAACUAUGUAUAACACAUUCAGAAUUGCAAUGGUUUGUGAGUACAUGGAUCAUAGAACCAACUUGGAAUAUAUGUUUAGAAAAAGAAAAAACCAAAAUCUUUAUUGGAAGCAAGACGAACUUGAAAAAAUGAUUGUCUCUGUCAUCUCAACACUAUCUUAUCUUCAAUCAGUUGGUAUUUGUCACAGAGAUUUGAAACCAGCUAACCUCUUCCUUAGUCCACAAUCUGGUGAGGUCAAAAUUAUUGAUUUCGGAGAAUCAAAGGACUACUUUAAGGAUUAAGAUGAUGGAGGUGCUGGAACAAUGGCUACAAUUAGAGGAACACCACAAUACUUGUCCCCAAUAUUAUGGAGAGCUCAUGUUGAAGAAGGUGGUAAUACUAGACACGUUACUCACAAUAUUUUUAAAAGUGAUGUAUUCUCAUGUGGUUUAAUUUUCUACCAAUUCGGUGCAAUGGAAGAUGUAACGGGUUUUAAUCAGAAAAAUUAAGUAAACGACGGUGAAAAGCUUGUAGAUAUAGGCUUGAAGAAACUCAGAUCUAGAUUUUCAGAUCACAUUAUUGAAAUAGUUAGAUUAAUGCUUAAAUUUGAAGAGUCAGAGAGACCAAGCUUUAUUGAAUUAGCUAAACUUGUAUUAACAUCUACAGAAAAUACAAUUGAUUCUCCAAAAGGAGGCAAGCAUCCAAUUGGUGGAAGUGGAAGUACAGCUGCUAUCUAAAAAAGUAUUGAGCAAAGCAAUCAAAACAAAAGAGUUAAUAAAACAUUCAGCAAUUAGAAUAUUAAGGAUGCUAGUGUCAAUUUGAACAUUGACUCUUAGACAAACAGCAAUCAAAUCAUAAACUUAAACAACAAAAGAGACAGUAAAAGUGGAGUAUCUAAUUAGUUAAUGCCUAAUAUGAUCGAAGAAAGCCAAAAUAAUCUUAUGACUUAAAGCGAACUAUUCAGAAGCUAUGCAGAUUAGAACAAUCUUUAUUUGAAUCUCACUAACUAAAUGUAUUGGUUUGAGUUCGGUGGAAAUAAAAUCGGACGAUUGUUCAUAGAAGGACCUGAGGCAGAAGAAUUUCCAAAGUGGAGGUUAAUUGCAAAGUACAAGGGAGAAUUCCCUAGUCAUAUAACAUUAGUUUACAUUAAUGGAGGGGCUGUUGGAUCAGAGGUGAUUACCCAGCAGCAAAACAAGAAUAUCAGCACUUGGUUUUUAUUAGGGGGAAUGGGAAAUAAUUGCAUGUAAUACAUUGACAAAAACAUUGUGAAUAAAAGUCCCUUGCCAAAUGAGAAGUCAUUUUUUGCAGCUGUUCCAGUGAGAGGUUCAAUAAUAUAUACUUUUGGUGGAUAUGAAAAUGUUGAAAAGUGCCAACUUAAGAGUUGCGAGUACUAUUCAAUAGAUAAAGAUAAAUGGUACAGUAAUGAGGAAGUUUAACUGAACGAAGCUAGGUCUUAAUGUUCGGCAGCAUUAUUUGAGGAUAAUAUCAUCUUUAUCUUUGGUGGUUAUAACAAAGAAAAAGGAACCUUGAGUACAAUUGAGAGAUAUGAUAUUAAUAAAAAAAGAAUAACUCUAUUAGAAAUAGUUAUGCCCCUAGCUUUGAGAAGGUUUGCUUCAAUAAAAAUCUCAAGCUCUAAGGUUUUGCUACUUGGGGGUAUUGGAAGACUUAACAAGGAUUCUGAUGUUGUCUUUUGCUUUGAUAUUGACAAUGGGUAAGAAGGAAAUUCAGGCAAAAACUCUCACAAUAAUCUUAAUAGUGUCAAAUACUCUAUUGAAAAUCUUGAUAAGAUUGACAAAGCAGGAGUAAUAGAGUACCCAGUUAUUCUUGAUUCAGUUGGAAGUCUACACUUAUUCAUAGAAAACGCUACAGGAACUAGUCCCCCUGUAAGAUCUGUCUACUCAUUCUUAGAGUACAGCUGA